UUAUGUUUUGUUUUCUGUGACCAGACCACUUUCACCGACCGGAGACCGGGACCGGUGAUUAAAGUUUAUUAAUUUUACAGUUCUUGUUUUUAGACUUGUGCUCUUCAAAAUGAUUUAAAUUUGUAUUUCUUCAGGGUAGACUUUCAUAAGUACCUAAACCCAUAAAAUGCUGAGAGAAAUUGUGAAAACAAAUUACAAGGACAACUAUCAACUAAUUGAAACUUCACUUAAAAAAGCAGCAUUUAUUGCAAUUGAUGCUGAGUUCAGUGGUCUUGUCUCCCACUCUAAGUUAAAGAACAGCUUGUUCGAUUCGGCUGCUGAACGCUACCUUAAACUGAAAUGCAGCAUCGAGCAAUUCACAAUUUUCCAAUUUGGGCUAUCGAUAUUUCAUUACGACCGGGACAGUAACAAAUAUGUGGCUGAUGUGUACAGUUUUCAUACAUUCCCAUGCUCCUUUGGGCCUGUUGACAACAGAUUCCUGUGCCAGGCCUCAUCAUGGGAGUUCUUAAGGGCACACAAGUUUAAUUUUAAUAAGGUAGCUUACGAAGGUGUCCCGUUCCUCAGUAAUGACCAGGAGCAUGAGAUCCGAAGGCAGCUCAAGGAUGAGACCAUGUUUGCCAAUGUGGAGAGGUCCCUGUCCUACCAAGAUGAGGAUGUCCUCCAGGCACAAUGUUCCAGGGUCUCGCAGUGGCUUCCUACUGCUCCGGUGGACGACUCUAUCUACAUAAACAUUGGAGACUCUGAAUAUUGCUUGAGGUACUUCCUCCACAAAGAAAUCCGCUCCAAGUUUAAAGAUGUAUGGACUUUUCAACUCCCUAGUAAGAUCCAAGUUCAGAAACUAAAGAGAGAAGAGAUAAGAAAGGCCAAAGAACUAGAGGGAGAUCGGCUUGACUUAGAGUUGAUUGACAGCAUAACUGGAUUUGCAAAAAUCUUCAAACUAUUGGUUGCCCUCAAGAAACCUCUAAUUGGUCACAACUUGUUGCUUGACCUCAUGAUCCUCUACAAUCAGAUGUACCAGCAAUUACCAAGUACAUAUAAAGUCUUCAAGAAGGAACUAAAUGCUCUGUUUCCUUCUAUCAUGGACACCAAGUUUAUCAGUUAUCGAGUCAAAGAUAUUCUUAGAAAUCAAGACUGCUGGUCAGACAACAGGUUGGAUACUUUGUAUAUGUUUCUCAACUCAGCAAGAGGCAAAGCCCUAGCCUCCUUCUCCCCCGCCAUUGAGGUCACUGACAAAGGAGGAGCAUCUUGUUCUGUGGAAAAUGUGGAGAGUCACCUUCAUGAGGCGGCCUGGGAUGCAUUCAUGUCUGGACACUGUUUUAUCCGAAUGGCUCACUAUCUAGCAAUUCGAAGACUUGGCGAAGGAGCAUUACCCAGACCAAUGUCAAGAGUUGAACAUGUUGCUGCCAUGACUGAGUUUCGAAACUGUGUCAACAUUAUUCGAGGCAGUGUUUCCCAUAUGAACAUCGGAGGUCCAGAGCCACCAUCCAAUCGACCCCGACUUCUGUACGUCGUCCGUCUUGAUAAUAAUUCUAUCAAUCUAAGUCAGGUUGCUGCCAUGCUGGCCCCCCACUCCUCCGGCUCUGUGGAUGUGAAGGCGCAUACAAGGAUCAGCGCUUUGGUUGCUGUGCCAAAUCAGAACAGUGCAAGAAGCAUCAUAAAAGCUUUUGUGAAAGAUAGAGAAUACAAUGUUGUCAACUACUUCUACCCGCUCCAUUCAUCAGUAGCAACUUUCUUGUGGGGCGGACUGAUCUUUUCAGGAUCAUUCAUUGUAACAGCAGCUCUGGUCAUGCACAUCAGAAAAUCUAACUGAAAAUAAGUGCAGGCAAACGUGCAACUAAACCAACGAAUAUGUGUGAUGUAGACAUGUAGACUAGUUUUGUAUUUCUACCAUACCACUCUUACACAGCUUUAAAGUGUAAUACAAUUUUGUAGUUUGUCAGAUAUGUGACAUUUAAGAACUUUAAUGUUAAUAUGUUUUUAUGUUGGACAUUGAUUUAUUUAAAUAACUUACUUAGUAAUAUCUUAAAAUGAUGUUAACUUUAAUAUAACAAUAUAAAUACAAUUAAAUUAGUAUUGGACACAUACAUACAUUUAUUAUUAAUAUUCUUCCAGUCAUAAAAUAGGUAAUUUUUAUGUGUAGAUGCCUACUUAAUGAAACAAUAAAUUACCAUCAUUUCUCCAUUUACAUCUUUUCAUAGGCCCUACCUAUAAAGUCAACAAUACACCUUGAUUAUAUUUGCUGCACUCUUUUAGAUACGUUAGCUAAAUUUGUACAGUGUUAUAACGUAAAUCUUUCCAAGUUACAAAGUUGUUGCUUUUCUUAAAUGUUUGGUUAUAGAAACGUUUACAAAUUAUGUCUUAUACAUAACAAUGAGCUUUAAAACUGAGAAUUAAAUGUGUUGUAGUUUUAAAAAUACAGUACUGUAGAAUCUCAGUAGUUUCUCUUUGAGCUAAUACGGCAUCUCUGAUGUUCCAGUGGCAUUUCAAUGCUAUAGGUGUAUUUAUAGUUUUGUUACUUGAGUCAAAUGACUAGGAGUUAUUAAAUAAUGAGACUGACAAUUUGUGAAAUUUUUCUUUUAUUUUGAAGCUUGAUGGCUGAUUUUUCAUGACCUUCCACCUUUCUGGGAUCUUGCUAAUCUGUCACUAGUGAUAGACUAGUGUAUUCAAAGAUGUGUAAUAAUCCCAAGCACAAAGAUAGUGUUUUCAGCCUGCUUACAAACCAAUAAUUUUACCACCAAUCUUAUUUGUAUUAAUGCAACUCAAACGGGUCCUGUCUGUGAAGAUACUUGAAACUUACACUUAAGUAUAAAACUAUAUUUUAUAUUGAAAUAUAUAGUUGUAUGUUGGUUAUUUUUUCUAAACAUUUACAAUAAAGCAACGAUUAGAUGUCAGAUUGUACUUAGCCUUUUUCAGUAUUUCACUCUGAAGAUUGGAAACAUAGUAGUUCAGUGUAUCACUGUACUGUAUCUGUAUUACAAUUUAUGUAGGCAAUAUUAAUCUGUAUAUUAAAGAGUCUCUUUUUGGUUUAAGCCUAGACAACUGCAUCUUUUAACUUACAGUAGUCCUCAUAUUAAGGAGGAAAACAAAUAAAAUUUAGAGAACAUGCCAGAACAGCUUUUGUUUAAAUCGUGAGUGUUAUCAUAAAUUAUUUAUUUGUAGUUUUUUGUUUUGGAUUGGAUGUCAAUCAAAACUAAUCAAGGAGGAUUUAACCAAGAAAAAUUUUAUGUUUUGACUUUAAAUAUCAUAAAAAAUCCAUAAAAAGCAAAAGGAUAAUGUUUGAAAGAUUAUCUUGUUUACUUAACUAGAAAUCUAUGCAAUAUUUGAAUGUUUUUUGAAUGUUGCUUUAUUUGAAUGAUAGAAAUAAAUCUUAAAAUGUUGUUAGUUAAAUUAGAUAUUUCAUGAUUUAAGUGAAAUAAAGUUUUUAAAGUCAGUAAUUAUUCAUAAGAUGUUAAGUUUAUAAGAAUGUUGAUGUGAUAUAAUCCAUUAAUUAAACUAAACGAUUGAUACAAAUUUAGAGGAAUACAACUAUUUCCAUAAACUUUAAAACAUCUUUCAGUUUGUUUAACAACUCGAGUUACAAUAAUAAGAUAAUUUUCAACCGAUUUACAAAAACAUAGUAGUAAUAGGACCUACUGGUAUUUAGUGAUAAUACCUAUUUAAUUUUAUUUAGGCCUACAUCUUUUGUCAGACAUGCUUUUUUCAUUAGUUUAAAAUAUAAAAUAGUUUGUUUCCUAAAUUGUUUUAAAGUAAAGACAACGUUUUAUUACUUUUGUUUGGCUCUCUUUUUUAUCUAUAAGUUUAUAGUAAAUGUUGUUUUGUUGAGUUUUUGUAUUCUGAUAGCUUACAUUUUUGUAAUUGUUUCAACUUGAAUACA